CCAUCAGCCAAUACCUGUUCUUGCUAAGUACGGAAGGUUUGUCUGGAUUACUGCAAAGGAGGGAGAGCCUUGGCGAGCUACAAGGGAUUCGAAAUGGUAUGCAAGGCCCUCCUAUAUCUCACUUGCUUUUUGCAGAUGACAGCAUCUUCUUCGCACGCAGUGUUAACAGAAGGCUCUGAAUUCUGCUCUCCAUCAAUAUUGUGAGGCCUCUGGGCAGAGGAUCAACUUGCUAAAGUCUUCGAUCUUCUUUGGGAAGCACUGCCCUGAUGGUGUCAAGGGAACUGUAAAGGGGUGCCCUGGGGUAGACAAUGAAAUUCUCCACGACUCUUAUCUCGGUAUGCCCACUGAGAUUGGUCAUGCAGCCACCAACUCCUUCGUUUUCUUACCAGGCCGGGUUUGGAAGAGGAUCAACGGCUGCAAUGCUAGGCCGAUGUCGCGGGCUGGAAAGGAAAUUUUUCUGAAAUCUGUGGCACAGGCCAUCCCUAACUAUGUGAUGAGUUGCUUCCAAUUGUCUGUCUCCAUUUGUGAGCAAAUGAAGACCUACAUCGCCAACCACUGGUGGGGUGUCGAAGACGGCCGUCAAAAAAUGCAUUGGUGUUCUUGGGCGUGGCUUUCUACCCCAAAGUUCCUCGGUGGAAUGGGCUUCCGCGACUUGGUACUUUUCAACCAGGCGAUGCUUGCGCGUCAGUGUUGGCGUCUCCUGACCGAACCCGACUCUUUGUGUGCGAGGGUCUUAAAGGGACGCUACUUCCCUGAUGGGGAUUUUUGAACCGCCACCAAGCCAAGAUCAUCUUCCUUCACCUGGCGAUUUUUGCUUUUUGGGCGUCAACUGAUUCAGAAGGGAGCUCGGUGGGGUGUAGGAAAUGGCACCCGGAUCAAAGUUAUGGAAGACAAUUGGAUUCCAGGUUUCCCUCCUGGAACUUUCAACUCGAUUCUCCCUAUUCCAGCUGAAACUUCAGUUCAGUUCUUGUUGGCCAAGUCAUUGGUGACUUGGGACGAAAACCUUGUGCGAAGCUUCUUUGCUGAUCCUAUUGCAGAACAAAUUCUGCAAGUUCCCAUAAGUCGGUUUGGGGGAGAUGACUUCCUGUCGUGGCCUCAUGACAAGCUUGGCACCUACUCGGUCAAGUCUGGCUAUAAUCUUACUCGUAGUGAGAACUUCUUCUCCUCUACAAGUGAAAAGGGCAAGGGUCUGGCUUCCAAUAUUCAGGUGCAAGAAAAGGAGUGGAAGGCCCUUUGGUCAGUCAAUUGUCCAAACAAAAUGAAGAUUGUUUUGUGGCGUUUCGUGCAUGAUUGUUUGCCUACAGGUUUCCAGCUGGUGAGGUGUCACAUUCCAGCUGAGGAUGGCUGUUUUUUCUGCAACCGGACGGAGCGUGUGGAGCAUCUCUUCCUGCUGUGUCCCUUCGCCCGUUCCGUUUGGAAAGGGGUUAAAGAGGAGUUCAGUGUCAGGCUGUGUAGAAAAGACAUGGUUAAUGGCCGUCAAUGGAUGUUCGAUUUCCUGGCUCAUGCUUCGAAGCUCCAAGCUACUGUUGUGGCUAUCACUCUAUGGCAUAUCUGGGAAGCUAGAAAUGAGCAUUGUUCUAAGCCUAAACCUAGUCCCAGGCGUGAGUCUUCUUCUUCAACUCUUAUUUGGACUCCGCCACCUGCUGGUGUGGUGGCUGUGAAUGUUGAUGCGGCGCUGUUUCCUUCUAUCCGACGGAUGGGCAUGGGCUUUGUGGCUAGGAAUCAUCUUGGGAAGUGCAUGUUUGCUGGCAAUGAGCAGCUUCAGGGCUUCUCUGAACCGGAGUUGGCUGAGGCGCUUGCCAUCCGGCGUGCUCUUGAGGUUUGUCGAUCUGAAGGCUGUUUGUCAAUUGUUUUGGCAUCUGACUGCCUCUCCAUGGUGAACAAAAUCAAGUCUACGGCUCAAGAUCGAUCAAGAGUGGGCACUGUUAUCUCGGACAUCAAGUCUCUUCCGUCUGGGUUUACUCGAUGUUCUUUCUUACAUGUCAGGCGUGGUAUGAAUGUAGCGGCACACAAACUAGCUUGUUAAUCUUUUUUAUCUUGGUGUGGUUCCAGAUUGUAUCAGGGACGAUCUUUGCUGUGAUGUUCAGUAAUCAAUGAAGUACUGUUAAUCUCAAAAAAAAACUCGGAAGUGUUA